AUGGAUAGCUCUUCUAGCAGAAGCUCCCCUCCUCCACCCUCCUCUCCACCCCAUACAAUCGCUUUCCCUACCUUUGAAGCACUUCCCACCACUUCAACCACCUCGAAUUUACCAAACAGAUCAAGAUCGAGAUCAAACGCUCUCUCUGCGGACGCAGAACCUCCUCAACUAGAGGAUUUAAUUAUAUCGGCGCGUCGCGAUUCAGUCCAUUCAGCAUCAUCUACUUCAAGCGGAUAUACCGCAGAGAUCAAACGCCUUCGUGCGGAGGUUGCGCGGCACAAUCAAGAGGUUGAAGAAUCUGCCAUUGGUCUUGGUCUUAACAGAGGACCAAUUGCAGCAAAUACUGAAAGCGAAGCGUUCAAUUACCGUGGUGUUCAGAGCGCGCCACCAGUUGUUUCUCUGCCACCAAGACGCGGUUCACUUCCACUUGCCGGCGAUCAUCCGGUCACUAUUGAUUCAAGCGCUCGCCGCGGGUCACUUCCACUUGCCGCCGAUCAUCUCGUCACUAUUGAUUUAAGCGCUCGCCGCGGAUCUCAACACUCUCGACCCUCUUCUAUCCCACCUCAACUCCCUUCAGUGACGCACACUCUAUCUCAACUAACUUCCGCUAAAUACGUUCCACCACAAAUACCUAAGAUGAAUUAUCAAGGCUUUGGUGAUCCCAAUCAACCCGGUCAACAAUCGAACUCAAGACAAGCAUCACCAUCGCCAGGUCAAGGCAUGGCUCAUACAAACGGAAUGAACGGUCAGAUGAACAUGGCUGGAAUGGCUAACAUGAUUGGGUUUCCGACUCCAGCUGGACACCAAUCCGACUUGAACUACAUUAUGGUCAUGGUCGAAGAGUUGAGCCGCCUUUUAGCAGCCAAUCAAAAGAUUACUGAUAGUAUUCUUGAGAAGAUCGGCAACGUUCGCCAACGAGCCAAAGACAAGAAUUUGACCAACGAUGAACUUCUCGCAAUUGUUUCUGAGGAAUUGAAUGCGGGUUCCGAAAACCUUGAAGCCGAAAACUCCCAAUUGCGCAGAGCAAUCGAACAAUCCAAGGCUGAUUCCGAGGAGAAUUGGAAAUUGGUUCUCCACGCUGCUGGUAUCCUUGAAGAUAUCAAGGAGAAGGCACACAACUAUAAGUUCCAGCACGAGAAAGACACCCUUGCUUGGCAUAAGAGUUAUCGUGAUCAACUAGCUCAAGAGCGUAAAGAGAAUCUCGAACUUCGUUGUCAUAUUGCUGAUAUGCAAGCUCAUGCUGCUAAGGCUAAUGAUUACAUUAAUCAACUUCGUCGAUAUGCUUCUGAGCACAAGAUCAUUACUGAACUCACAACUCAAGUUCAUCAAUACAAGUCUGAACGUCGUUUCUGGAAGCGCAUGGCUUGUGUUGGUCUUCGUGAAGAUCCUAGUGAAUGGUCUGAUGAUGAAGGUGGUGCUACUGGCAAUAUCCCUGAAGCUGAGAAGAUUGCUUGUGCUUCAUACAUUGCUGAACGCGAGGAAAUGGCUCGUAUUGUUCUGGGCCACAAUGAUGAUUCCUCUUCUUAA